UCGCCACAAUGCAUUAGCAUAAGCCAACAUUAGCCAGCAUAAGCAAGCUUCGCACAGGAAGGGCUCGAGUCAAGCGUUCUGAGCGGUUUGUUGGUGGGCAUGAGAAUACUUUUGCCAAAUGUGGAUAUUGUUAGGCAGAUGAAAAGUGCGCCAGCAUUGCGUGACGCGUCCCAGUAACCAGUACCUUUAACAGUUGCUGGGCGCUCAUGACAUGAGGAUAGUGUUCCGAUAAUCUCAUACACCACGAUGUGAGGUAGUCAUUUCGUGAAGUGUGUUCACGUAGUAAUGGUAAUGGUUUCGUGGACAAGGAAAGAAUGAUUAGAUUGAAAAACGAAGGCUCAAGAGGAGACUGCAACGAUGACUGCAAUUCAGGCAGCGAAGACCGAACAUACGAGCCGUCAGAAGGAGACACCCCAUCAACUACCAGUAUUGGUACGAACGAGCUCGGCGAGUACAUACAUAAGGAUAAGAAGCAUUCGAACCACGUUUUGGCUGGUCUAAACGCGCUACGCCUGGAAGGUUCUUUCUGUGAUGUGUCACUUUCAGUGGACGAUAUCGACUACCCUUGUCACCGUGUUGUUCUAUCUUCGUGCAGCCGCUAUUUCAAGGCAAUGUUCUCAAACGAGAUGUCUGAACGUUCACAAAGUCGCAUCGUCAUCAACGGUGUGGACUCCGAAACGUUGCGUCAACUGAUAGAGUACGCCUACACGUCGCAAGUAGGAAUUUCUCGGGCCAACGUGCAGUCCCUGCUCUCGGCGUCCAACCUGCUCGAUGUCUCUUCCGUGCGCGAAGCAUGCUGUUCCUAUCUGGAACACCAUAUGGACGAAACGAACUGCUUAGGAAUUCACUCAUUUGCAGAAGUUCAUUCUUGCAUGGAACUUCAAGAGAAAGCCAAAGUGUUUGCAUGCCAGUACUUUGCUGAUGUGAUACGUCAAGAUGAGUUUCUCAACCUUUCUUCUAGCAAGCUUAUAGAAUUUUUGUCGAGUGAUGCCCUCGAAGUCGACAAGGAGGAGCAUAUUUUCGAAGCCGUACUCUUGUGGGUCAACCACAGCCCAGACGCGAGAAACAAAGAAUUCGAGCAAGUGCUCGAACACAUCCGAUUACCGCUCAUGAGUCCCUAUUAUCUUCUGGAUCGCGUGGCAACGACAGCCAUUGUCACACAGAGCUCCCAGUGUAUGAAACUGGUUGAAGAAGCAAAAUCUUACCACCUCCUUCCGGACCGACGGAGAGAGCGCUUCCACAAGAGGGUUCGUCCACGCCGCUGCAAGGCCAUGGUCGACGUCAUUGUCGUAGUCGGCGGCGAAGACGAAAAGGUCGUCUUGCGAAACGUCGACUGCUUUAACCCGCAGACCGGAACGUGGAUUGGAUUGACAUCUUUACCGUUUGCAGUGAGCAAGCACGGCGUAGCCGUAACUGGACACAAUGUCCUGUACCUGGCAGGAGGAGAAUACCCGGACGGCUCGGCCUCCAAGGCGGCCUGGCGGUUCGACCCCUCCACGGACUCCUGGAGCGAGAUGGCACCCAUGAACAUGGCGCGCUCCGAGCUGGGACUUGCCACGGUGGACGGAUUUAUUUACGCCAUCGGAGGUUGGGGAGGUGACUCCCGUCUCGGCUCCGUGGAACGCUACAAUCCGGCAACCAAUCGCUGGGAUUUUGUCCAGUCGUUGAAGAUUCCGUUGACGAGCCCAGCCGUAGCCUCGAUGAACGGUCUCCUCUACAUAACCGGUGGCGCCGUAGUGGACGACGGUGACGGCGUCGACAUGACGCAGUGCUACGACCCCAAGACCGAUCACUGGACAGAGCUGACGCCAAUGUUGAUACCUCGAUCCGGUGCGGUGGCCUGCGCCAUCAACGGCCGCGUCUACGUCAUGGGUGGCUGGCACGCGUCCAGCGAGAACACGAACAAGGUGGAGUGCUACGACCCCAAGAAGAACGUGUGGGAGCUGCGGAGGUCGAUGAAGGAGAAGAGAUACAAGCCGGGCAUCGCCGUCCUCGAGAGCAGCGUCUACGUCUGCGGGGGCGAAGAGAGCUGGGACAAGCACCACGACUCCGUGGAGGUCUACGACCCGGAGGAGGACCGUUGGUGCAUCCUCGGCGUGAUGCCCCAUUGGAGGAGUUGGCUCGGAUGCGCUACCAUCAUGCUCCCCACGGAUUUUAUGAGUGAAGAGAAAUGAAGCUAUAUUAAUUUUGAGCAUGUCGUCGUCGUCGUAAUAUUAUUUUGGAAGCUGCCGGACAAAGUUUUCUGUGUGUGUGUGCGCGUGUGUUAGCAUAUUUAUUUUGGAGGGGUUAUACGAUGUUUGAUACAGCCAAUGGGUUCUAGGUUACAAUAAGUCUCGGAGAUUAAUAUAUUUCUCGUGGAAUUGCGCAGCAGGAAGAUGAACGUGUGGAAAAAAAAAAUAGGUCGCUUUCUUUUCGUGACAGUUCCACUAGCAAGAUAUACCACUGCCAUUUAUGAGUUGUGCGUCAAAUAAAUGUUUACCUCUCAUAGUGCA